UCGUACAGUCUGCCGUCCACAUUCAGCUAAUUUCUGACUUUCCGGUGGCCGCUUAACUCAUAAUCGGCACCAAGCGAAGUAGAGUUACCGGUUUCACCACUUUUAUAUUCCGUUUCUGAUUUCACCAGCUGAAACCAGUGGUACGUUUAUUACAAAAGGUGGCUCACUGCAGCCUUUGUCUGUGUCAGAAAUGAAAAGAAACGGCGCGUACAGGUUUUUGUCAGUUUUCUCCUGCUUUAUCGUCUGCGCAUUUUUGUUUCUGUUUUGGUUCUUUGUAUUUUACUCAAUGGUGCUUGCACCAUAAACACAAGGUGCAACGACUGCAGCUAAGCUAAAGCUUACCCACAUUGCAUUGCUUUAUUUACAAGUCUCGCGAUCACAUGAUCGCCUUCACCAGGAAGUAACAAUUUAUGCUUACUUAACUUGGCUCUCUGUGAAGUUGUAAUGGCAUCCAACAUCAGUGAGGCAUCGCCAUCCACUGCAGAACUUAAGCUGCAGUUUGCUCCCUUCAGCAGCGCUCUGGAAGCAGGCUUCUGGCAUGAGCUUACUCAGAAGAAACUCAAUGACUACAGAUUGGAUGAGAGUCCUAAAUGUAUCAAAGGCUACUACUACAAUGGUGACCCAGUUGGUUUGCCUACCCGUCUAACUUUGGAGUACAGUGCAUUUGAUAUUGACGGUGCAACGCCAGCUCGUUGCUGCCCAGCUUUUGGAACGCUGUACAAUACCAACACGCUUGAUGCCUUUAAGAAUACUGAUAAAAAGGCUCUGCUGGAGAAAGAGGCCAAGGAGAUUUGGGAUGCUAUACAGUCUGGAGCUGCUUUGAAGGACCCAUCCAUACUUUGUAGAUUUAUUCUCCUUACCUUUGCAGAUUUGAAGAAGUACAAUUUCUACUACUGGUUCUGCUUUCCUGCACUCUGUUUCCCAGAGGCGAUAACGCUUGUCCAGUCGCCAUCCGUCCUAGAUCAAGUUUUCUCUGCAAAGCAGAUUGCAGCCCUGCAGGAUGCCUAUGAUGGCCUGUGCAUCAAAACAGGCACCACUGCGGUUCCUUACUUCCUGAUCAAAUACACAGAUGACACAGUUCAGAUGGCUUCACUGGGGGACUGGGAGACAUUUUUCAGUGAUACUAAGAAGGUUACUGUGGGUGUCUAUGAUCCGUGUACUCUGUCCCAACAUCCGGGCUGGCCCUUGAGAAAUCUACUGAUCCUGUUAGCUAACCAAUGGGGCUCUAAGCUGGCCACAGUGCAGGUGCUGUGUUUUAGGGACAGAACUCUGCAGGGAAGCCGCUCCAUACAACAGAGUGUCAUCUUCCACGUGAAACUACCUGAGCUUCCCAACAACUCUGCUUGUCCCAAAAGUGUAGGUUGGGAGAAAAAUCCAAAAGGAGCCAUGGGACCCAGGAUGGUGAACCUCAGUGAAUGCAUGGACCCCAAAAGACUUGCAGAGUCUUCAGUAGACCUGAACCUGAAACUCAUGAGAUGGAGACUGGUUCCUUCCCUGGACUUGGACAAAGUGAUCAACACAAAGUGUCUUCUUCUGGGUGCUGGGACACUUGGAUGCAAUGUAGCCAGGACACUCAUGGGUUGGGGAGUGCGACACAUUACAUUUGUAGACAAUGCAAAGAUCUCAUACUCCAAUCCAGUUCGGCAGCCACUUUAUGAGUUUGAGGACUGUCUUGGAGGUGGAAAGUCCAAAGCCAUGGCAGCUGUUGACCGACUUACCAAAAUCUUUCCUGGUGUGAAUGCGGAGGGUUACAACAUGAGCAUCCCCAUGCCUGGCCACCCAGUGAAUUUCUCCCAGGCCACUCUGUCUCAGGCCCAGAGAGAUGUCGAGCAGCUGGAGAAGCUAAUUGCAGAGCACGAUGUGGUGUUUUUACUAAUGGAUACAAGAGAAAGCCGCUGGCUGCCUACAGUUAUCGCCGCCAGCAAGAGGAAGCUAGUGGUGAAUGCUGCUCUAGGCUUUGACACAUUUGUUGUGAUGCGCCACGGCCUGAAGAAACCUCCCGACAGCCAGAGCGUUUCCACAGAGCCAGACUCCUCCCCUUCCUGUUCCUCUGCUUCUUCAUCUUCCUCCACACCGGCUGGUGCUGCGCCCUCUGUCCCAGGAUCCUCCCUGUUUUCAAACAUCCCAGGACACAAGCUGGGCUGCUACUUCUGCAAUGACGUUGUGGCACCGGGAGAUUCAACCAGGGAUCGGACCCUGGAUCAGCAAUGCACAGUCAGCAGACCAGGCCUUGCCAUGAUUGCUGGAGCGUUGGCUGUUGAGAUGAUGGUGUCCAUUCUACAGCACAGUGAAGGAGGCUAUGCAGUGGCCAGCAGCAGCGAUGACAGAAUGAAUGAACCUCCCACCUCUCUUGGACUAGUGCCACAUCAGAUACGAGGCUUUCUUUCAAGAUUCGACAAUGUCCUGCCUGCCAGCCUGGCCUUUGACAAAUGCACUGCUUGCUCCCCCAUUGUCUUAGACCACUAUGAGAGAGAAGGUUUCAGCUUCCUGUCCAAGGUUUUUAAUUCUUCCCACUCAUUCCUGGAGGACCUGACGGGGCUGACUCUGCUGCACCAGGAGACACAGGCUGCAGAGAUUUGGGACAUGAGUGACGAUGAGAGCAUCUGAAAACUGGUGGAGCGAGCACCCAACCGCAGAAGGACAAAACACUUCCAUUUACCCUUUUUUUUUUUUCCCUUUUUCCUAAAAUGAAUUCUGCAUUUACAAAGGCCACGUUGUUUACAUCAACACCAAGCACAUGACCAAAAUGAAACAUUUUGGAAAAGCAGCUAAAAGAGUUUUAAAAUUCCAAAUAGUCUUCAUUUGGAUUCAAGGUUGCCUAAAGAGUUGGAGCUUCAGAACUGGGCAGUAAUGCAAUUAAAAAAAGUUCUCACAGCUUAAACAAGUUUGAUUUUAUAUGAAACAGUUGAAGUCCUUGACCAAGAACAACAAAACCUGCAAAAAAACCCAAAAAAUUUAAACCCUCUCAAAGUCUCCAAGACAUUUAAUGAGUUUACUGGAGAAAUCUUUGGCAAGAUAUGAACACCAUCUGUUUGCUCGUUCAGUUUGACAAAGAGCUUUGGCUAAGUUUUGAAAAUACAGUACAAUUCAGCAAAUCCACCCACCUUUUUGUCUGUUUACUAGAGACUGUGACACAUACAGUACAGCUGAUAUUGAAACCAGCUUUGUUGCUAUGAAGCUUUCACUCAGAACCUGCGCACAGAUGUUACUGUUAUACGUAGAACUGUGGAAACUGUUGCUCUUGGUUUGUUGGUGUUGAUGCAUGUUUGUGUAACUUUGACUUUUUUAACUCUGUAUUGUUCCAUGUGUCUCAUCUGCAAACAUUUACAAUGUGUUCAGUGUAAUCACGUGAAUUUUAACUGGUUGGAUAUUUAAGGAAGUGGCUGAAGUUCAGUGUGUGCGCGGGAGAUGAUUGUGAGAAAGGAUUGUUUGAUUAAUCAGAGAGCCAUUUUCUCUUCUGUAAGUAUUAAAAGA